AUGUCAACCCCAGAACAACCCAGUCCAGAUGCGCUGUUCUCGCUUGUUGCCUAUCAUGGCAACAUGGAGGCACACGAGAUUAUCCAAAGUAAUCCUCAUUUGGUGUCCAUCCUCCCUGGGAAAACCAACCCCGCCUACCCUGAUGGCCUCCAGCGAGGCAUCACCAUCAGGUUCGGUAUGAGUCGAAGGCCCAACGGGAAUGUUCUUGCAUCAAUCGGGCGAGAUAAGACCAUGGUUGAGAUCGUCACGCCAACGCCGACCAAGGAAGACCCUCGAUGGAACCAGGUCUCGCGAGUUCAGGUUUCCUUCGAAAUCGAUCCAAUCACCCAGGUCGUGAUGAUUCACGAUCAAUCACCCAAGGGAACCACCGCUACAUUUGGUAAGAAGGCUCAGUCCUUCGAACUCACCCGACUUCCCCGACGCGUCGCGGCAACCAGCCAUGUCAAUACCAAACUCCAAUUCCCUCCAAACGUCAAGUUCAAACUCAUUUGGCAUGUUAAUUCCCUCACUAUUCAAAACAAGGUCUUGCCGAAUAUGUGCGAUCCAUGUUUUGCCCCCACGAUCACGGAGCCAACCCAACCUACCAGCCCGCUAUCUCCCAUCCACCCUAGGACUAGCGGACUUCCGGGGAUCCGCAAGAACAAAACCGGCGAUGCAUUUAUAUCCUUGAAGCGUGAGGUCGAGACAUUGGCAAGACUCUCUCAUGCCAAUAUUAUCAGGCUGUUCGAAGUCCAGGGGUUGGACCCAAGCCAAACCGCCGUCGACCAGUUCAAUCGCCCAUCUGUGAUCCUUUUGAUGGAGCUUGCCAGUGGCACUGUCAGAAGUCUCAUGGAAACAGAUGUGUUCAAAACUAACGUAUUGAACUAUCUUCUCUAUGAUUGUCUCCAAGCGCUCGAUUAUCUCGAUUCAAAUGCCGUCAUUCACAGAGAUUUAAAGCCUGAAAACAUCCUCUGGAAGAUGGUUGGUGAAAAAUAUGUGUUUCUCCUCGCGGAUUUUGGCGUCAGCAAUUCGGCAGAUCGCGCCUGUUCGGUUUCGGGAACUUCGGGCUACAUGGCACCCGAGAUUCGGGAGCCUGGAAAGCAAAGCGUAAAAUCAGACGUAUGGUCACUUCUUGUUACCUCGCUUGAGGCGUUCGACACUGAAAACUUCCGAGACACCAUUCGCAACUCAUCCCAUGAAGUGAUUGCAAAGGUACAGGCUAUUUGUGAGAUGGAAGCAUUCAAACCCUUGCAGCCUAUGUCACGCAUAGACCCUCUUGAACGGGCAUCCGCAGGGGAUAUGAUUGAUCUUUUGUUCCAAGGCGUCGGCCGCGCAACUCGAGUGUCGGAAACAGAGGAGCCUGACAACCAAGAGGCAACUGUAGCGAUUCCAAGCAGCUCACCUCCAGCCUCUACUCUCGAUGACGACUAG